AUGACGUCUGUUCACUCGGAGCCUCAAAAUAAGCAGACACCCGACACAGGGCCUGCAGCGGUCCCAGCCGCCCCCGCCGUGUCCGUCAAGGAAAAGUACCAGGUGGCCGAGAAAAUCGUCAACGAGGAGUACAAAAUCUGGAAGAAAACGUCGCCGCUGCUGUACGACGUUAUCUACUCGUACGCGCUGCCGUGGCCGAGUUUGACCGUGGAGUGGCUGCGGCGGACCGAGCAGACGGGCCACGCGGUGCGUGCGAGCUUUUUGGUCGGCACGCACACCUCGGACGGCUCGCAGAACUAUUUGCGACAGUACUCUGUCCAACUGCCCACCACAGACGACUCUGCGGACAAAAGUCUCUUUCAAGGCAACCAGAUCUCCCUGCAGCGUGAGUGGCCGCAUCCUGGCGAGAUCAACAAGCUGCGUGUCAACCAGGAGACCGGGCUGGUGGCCACACAGACCAACAGCGGGGACGUGCUGAUCUACGACCUGGAGAACGGGGGGCGUGUCAAAACUCUCAAACACCACACCAAGGAGGGCUUCGGGCUGGAGUGGAACCCGAAUUUUGCGCAGAAUCAGCUGCUGUCGAGCUCUGAGGACCACACCGUCGCUCUCUGGAGCAUGGACGCAGACGUGCCGGUGCGGGUGUUCCACACGCACACGGGCAUUGUGAACGACGUGGCGUGGAACAAGCAGCACAACAACGUGGUGGCGUCGGCGAGCGACGAUCUGUCACUGCAGAUCCACGAUCUGCGCGCGCCGCGGCCCGUGGUGGCCGUGGCCAACGCGCACGACGGCCCGCUCAACGCGGUGGCGUUCCACCCGGACGUGGGCACGCUACUGGCGACAGGGUCGUCCGACAACCUGAUAAAUUGCUGGGAUUUGCGUCUGAUGGAGCAGCCGACGCGCAAACUAUACGGCCACUCAGGCUCUGUGGUGGACCUCAAGUUCCGCGAAAACCUGCUGCUGUCGUCGUCGAGCGACCGCCGCGUGCUGGUGUGGGACCUGUGCCACAUCCGCGAGGGCGAAUUCGACGUCAAGGAGCACGAGCGUAAGAAGGGCGAUUAUACAGACCCGUGUCUGGUGUUUAUGCACGGGGGCCACACAGGCCGCAUCUGCGAGGCUGAUUGGCACCCUGUGCUGGACAACGUCGUGGCCAGCUGCGCAGAGGACGGCCUGGUGGAGGUUUGGCGGCCGCGCCACGUCGACCAGCGCGAGGAGGAGGAGUAG